AUGGCAGACCGAGCCUGCCACCGCUGUAUAGCAAAAAAGAGACGCUGCGACCACCAACGCCCCGUGUGCGGAACAUGCAAGAAGCUCAACCUCGAGGGCGAGUGCUCCUAUCCUCCUCCUCAGCUUCGGCGCGGCCCUGUUGCCGGCAUGUCGCGCCGCGCCGAGCAUCGCGCGCAGCAGUGUGAGAACGCACUGUGGUUCCUCCUCAGCCUCCCGGGUGUUCAGGAGGCCAUUGACCGUGUCGACCCCGACGUCCUCGCCCGGCCGUUUGUUCCUGCGCCAACAGCCAACAUGGAGCGCGGGGAGCGCAACGAGUGGUGGGGCGAGCACACCAUGCGCCAACCCGCCGACGUCCUCAUGUUCCGCGACGCCUGUCGUCGCCUGCAAGGAGACCCAACAGCCCCUCCCAACGGCAAUGGGGCGGAAGCUCAUGAGGCCGAGCCGUCCCCGUCGUACGAGUACUAUGACCACCGCGACCCAUCUACUCAGAGCACAACGCACUCGCCCGCUCCAGACCCGCCGCAACCCGAGCGCCGCCGGGACGAGAUGCGCAAUGCCAUGGGUCCCAGCCUCUGGCAGCUUGUCACUGCUGCCAUUCCUGACGAAGACGAACCAGAGGCUCGCCGUGGGCCCGAGGCCGAGUGGGCGCGGCCGAUGUGGACAGCACCUCCACCCCGCGAUGACUAUCCCGACGGUCCGAAGCGCAAGCGCCGCGCGGACCUUUUCUGGUAA